AUGGAGUUGAGGAGCGGGACACUGGGCGCUGUGCAGCGGCGUAGGUUGAGAAACGCCUUUGACAUUAUGUCCCAGGCCACCGACUGGACUGAGCCCGUGUCUGGCCGUCAAGCAAAGCGCCAGUGUGACAAAGCACUGUCGAGCUGCGGCCGCCUCGCAGCUGGGCUUGCGCUGCUUCCCUGCAACUACCCCUUCGUGAAGGGCACUGGUUUAGGCAUCGCCUUCAUCGCUUUGUCAACAACACCCAAUGAUAUCCUGGUCCUUUGCAGCGCUGCCAAGCUCCUGGAGAAGAGUCCGUUCUCCGUGGGUGCCCCGAGCCCCCUGCUNCCCCCCGCCCCAAACCCCCCGCCGGCCCCCCCCGUCCUCAACCAGGUGCUCUCCAAAGUGGCCAUGUCCCAGCCGCUCUUCAACCAGCUGAGGCACCCCACCAUGAUGAACGCUCCGCAGGGCCACGCCGCGGGGCCGCCGCAGGGGCCCGGCAUCAGCGGGACGAGGUUCCCCUCCGGUGGCAUUGCCUUUCCUGCCCAGAGCCCGGCCUUAGCCGCGCAGGGUGGUGGCCUGGGGCCCGUCCAGGCCAACACCCCCAACGCCAUCGUCAUGAGUCCCUUCGGAGGGGUCAUGGCUCACCUGCCUGCCCGCUCCCUGCCGCCACACCAGCUGGGUGACCUCCGUGGCGUGGCCCCCCUCCACUUCCCCCACGUCUGCGCCCUGUGUGACAAGAAGAUCUUCGAUCUGAAGGACUGGGAUCAGCACAUUAAGGGAAGUCUUCACAUCCAAAAAUGUAUGGCUUUUUCAGAUAACACUGGUAUCCGGUGUGUGUUAAACUCAGCAGAUGGAACAUUGCAUUUAUCACCAAAUAAUGCAGCAGUUUUCAAUCCAUCUAGUAUUGAAGAUUAUCCACCAAAUGUCGGCUCAUCUUUUAUCACUACGUCAGCAAGAUCCUUUGGCCAGCCAGGUCCUACGUUUUCUUCUCCUCCAUCAGGGUUUCCUCAGAGGAAAUCUACACUGGGUCGAGUUGUUCACAUCUGCAACCUUCCCGAGGGAAGCUGCACAGAGAAUGAUGUCAUUAACCUGGGCCUCCCAUUUGGGAAGGUCACCAACUAUAUCCUCAUGAAAUCCACUAAUCAGGCCUUUCUGGAAAUGGCUUACAGUGAAGCAGCACAAGCCAUGGUGCAGUACUACAAAGAAAAACCUGCUAUGAUAAAUGAUGACAAGUUACUUAUUAGGAUGUCUAAAAGAUACAAGGAAUUGCAGCUGAAGAAACCAGGUAAGAACGUGGCUGCUAUCAUCCAGGACAUCCACUCACAGAGGGAGAGGGACCUGCUGCGUGAAGUGGACAGCAGGUAUGGCACGGAGAGGCCCCGCUCUCGCAGCCCCAUAAGCCGCUCCCUGUCGCCCCGAUCCCACACGCCCAGCUUUACUUCCUGCAGUUCACCCCACAGUCCGAUGGGGACCAGCAGGACCGACUGGGGAAAUGGGAGAGAGUCAUGGGAUCAGUCCCCGUAUUCUCGACGGGAAGAGGAAAGAGACAGCAGAGAAUGGCGAGAGAAUGGGGAUGAGAAGAGGGACAGGACUGACACGUGGGUACAUGAGAGGAAACAUUAUUCCCGACAGCUGGACAAGUUUGAUUUGGAUGAACGGAUUGAAGGAGGCAGAGGGCACAGAGAAAAAUAUUUAAGGAGUGGUUCCCCUGGCUCCCUUCACCCUUUAUCUGGCUACAAGAGCAGGGAAGAUGACUAUUACCGAAAAACCUCUAAGUCAAAACCUGACAAGUUUCAGAGGCAGCUGCAGGAUUUACCUGGGAGAUCUAAGAGAAAGGAAGAGGCAAAGUUAAGGGAACGCAGGCAUUCUUACAGCGAGGACGCUGCCAGGGAGGAGGCAGCUGAACAGAAGCACAGCAAAGCAUCUGAGGGCUCCAGGCAAAAACAAAGUGAUAAGAAUAAAGUGAAGAAAGCUGAAAAAGACCAAGAGGAAGAUGCUGCUGCUGAAGGCAGUGAUGUGAAGGAAACCAAACCUCCCAACAAUGAGCUUGGAAAAGAGGAGCAAGUUCCAGAGAAGAGUUCGCCUUCAGCUGAUAAACAAGGAAAAGAAUCUGGAGAGAUUCUGGAAAACACAAGAAAAGAGAAGGACCGAGACUGGGAGAGUGGAAGUGAGGUAGAAGGUGAGACCUGGUAUCCUGCUAACAUGGAGGAAUUAGUGACAGUAGAUGAAGUGGGAGAAGAUGAUUUAAUUAUGGAGCCGGAUAUAACUGAGCUUGAAGAAAUAGUACCAGUUGAUCAAAAAAAUAAAACCGCUUCAGAAAUGUGUCCCUGUAUGUCAACCGUGUUAGAACUGAAAAACGAUCACAGCCACUUAACCAGGAGUGAAGACAAAUUUACCCAUAAAGCUUUAGAGACAAACUUCAGAUCAGCAAAGGGCAGUGUAGCUUCUAGCGGCUGUCAGGAUGAUGAGGAGGAUGAUGAUAACGAUGAUGCUGUAACUGAAGCAUCAAGCCUAAAUCUGGACCCUGAGCAGAAGCCAGAGGAAUUGCAAGAAGACCAAUCUGCUAAGGAGUCUGAUCCCCAGCAGAAGGAAGGAAAAAUUGAUAAGAGCUCUGACACUCGCUUAGAGCCCGAAGAUCACCAUAUACCUUCUGUUCAUCUGAAAGAAGAGACUCUCCAGCUCCCUGAUACAUUUAUAGACGAUUACAAACAGAUGGGAUCACAAGGAGCUGAGAGCAGAGGAGUUAUGGAAAUGCUUGUUAAAAACGCUAGCGAAGAAACAAGACACGGAAGCCAAGAGUGUCCAGAGGCCAAGGCAAAUUCUAGGUACCUGGAAAUGAGAUCUCUGGAAUACCCGGAGGUAGAUUCUAAAAGAAGACCCUCUCCUCCAGGCUGGGAGCAAGAGGACGUCUUCACCGAACUCAGCAUUCCCCUGGGUGUGGAAUUUGUGGUGCCUAGAACUGGGUUUUACUGCAAGCUCUGUGGACUCUUCUACACAAAUGAAGAAACAGCAAAGACAAGUCACUGCAGAAGUACUGUUCACUACAAAAAUCUUCAG